AUGGCAGACGUAGGUUCCGCUACCAAGGAUAUUACUCAAGCAAUCGAGCAAGCCAACAAAUAUCUUGAGUUUGUAUGGUCCUCGAUUGCUUCCACAGCAAAAGAAAUGGGAUCGAAGAGUAUAACAAAUCUUGCGAUCCGUAGAACUCUAUCCUACAAUCCACAAAAUCAGAAAAUCUUCGAAACAGCACCCAGAAUUAAAGAAGGCUCUCAAAAAUUGUGCGAUAUCAUAUCGCGCGACUUACAAGAUCUUCAAAACAAUCCAAAUAAUUAUCAAGCGUGGAUUCAAGUUGGUAAAGCAUAUUUAGCACUUAGUGACUUCACUAAUGCAUAUUGUUCAUUUACACAUGUUCUUCGCAUUAAUCCACAAAUUCAAGAUCCAUAUUUCUGGUAUGCAAUUGCCUGUGUUUACCAGCAUUUUCAAUAUAACGAGGAUGCACUGAAAUUUUUCAAGAACAUAGGAAGCCUUGCAAAUUCGAAACAAGACUUUCCUCUUUAUUCAGAUUAUCAUUUACGUUUAGGAUUGCUAUAUAGAUCAUUACGCCAGUAUUCACAGUCUUCCGUGGAAUUGAAUCUCAUUCUCAAAUGUCCUCCUUUAGGAUUAACGGAAGAUGAUAUUAAUUUUCAGAUAGCUUUCACUCAACUUGCUGGUGGACAACAAGAUUUAGCUCUCCGCGAAUUCAAGAACCUAUGCGAUAAAUACCCAAAGUCUCAUAAAAUCGUUCAACAAUAUACAUGGUCGUUAUCAUUCUGCAACGACGAUCAAUCAUUGAAUGAAGCCCAACGCAUCAUUGACUUACACCCCGAAUUAAACGAUGAUCCGCUCAUCAAUUUCGUGCUCGCGCGCCUUGCAUUAAAGCGUGGCCAAAUGGAAGUUGCUUACAAGAAAUACUGCGGCUGUAUACCUGACUGGUGCGAAUCUCCAGUAUUUUGGUGCGGACUUGGAGUUCUUUACUUCAAGAAUGACCAAAAGCAGGACGCAUUAAUCGCAUUUCAAAGAGCGCUUUACCAAAAGGCAGAAAUUGUCGAGGCUUGGCUAAAUCUCGGAUUUAUAUUCGAACAGCUUGACAAUCCAAGCAACGCGCAAAAGAUUUACGAAGCUGGAUGCCAAAAUUGCAGAAAUUCUACAAGACUCGAGGAAAGAUUAAAUAGACUUAGCAACCCGAAUUCUAGGAACCAGGUGAAAUUAGAUAUCGAAGAAAUAAAGGAUUCUCGGUUCUUUAAUCAGAUUGGAGACUUACAAGCUCAAAUGAUACUUAGAAUUCCACCUCCUAUCCCUGCAAAUACAAUUAUUCCUGACGAGGCGUCAGCCAGAGCUAUAGAGGACCUUAGAUCACCUUAUGAAACACUCUUUUCUAAUGAUCAAUAA